UCUCCGCAAGUCCAGACACGCUUCGACGGCACAUGUUGCUGCCGAUCCAUUCCGCAUACCGUACAGGCCACACCGGUCGCUAUCACAACCCAGUCCAUGUUUGUCGGAGCGAGCGAGCGACCAUGUACAACAAGGCGCCUAUCACUGCGGCAACGCAUAAAGUCUACCAUGCGCAUUCUCGAUUCUCCAUGUGCAAAGCCCACAGUCCGACGCCGGACACUUGUUCCCUACAAAUGAGAGUGACUAGUUCAAUGGCAUGUCGUCUAGCAUGCGAGGCUGCUCUUGUUUCACCUUCAUACAACCUACCCAACCAGGCAAGCGGGGUAAGUAUCCAAGUAAGAAAGCUUUUUUUGUUGACGAUGCGCAAGAAGAAAACAUUCACCAAGUCAGAAAAGAAGAAAAAGCGGUAAACAAAAUGUACACAGACAGACACGCAGACACAUGUGAGACACAC